AUGAUAUAUGUGUUGCCUGGACAAGCAGGAACUCAUCAACUGAAGCUGGCUGAGAGCACUUUUUUUUUUUUUUUUUGCUAGUUUUUCAUUGAUUCAAGAAUUUAAACAAACGAACAGUGUCUUUUUUGUAGUCUUAAGCUUCGAACUGAUUUUAUUUAUCCGACGUUAGUGCUAAGUUAGAAGCUAGAGCGUUUAUUAUCUAUCACCCCGCGCGCGCGGAAAGGGGAAGUUGACUGGGCGGGCUGCAGUGUAAAAAAAUAUCUAAAUCGAAAUUUAUCGACAAUUUUGUUUGAGUGGAAUGAGCUACCAUUCACUCACGUUGUCAGUUGCACAAUGGAUGUUCGCUCUGUCUGCCUAAUUACCCAAGCCAAAACAAAUUGUAACAGAUCUGGUCUAUUCAGAGGAUAGCAAUAGGCCCUCACUCCACCCUCUCCCUUUACGUUACAUAUCAGUGUAGAGCAGUACAGAUUCUCUCUCUGGUGUCUGGGUUGCUUUUUUUGCUGGUUUAGCGAAGGGGUGAAGGUAGGUCUGAGGCAGAAAACAGAUUUAGAAACACUAGUACCUCAAUUAUCUUGGGAUUAAAAUAUCCAGUGUGCUGCUGCUUUUAUACAUAUUUGGUUCUCUUCCUUGUAAGAUAGUGAAGCUUUUUUUUUUCUGUAUAACUUGAAAACCAUCAACCCACAAUGGAGUCGACAACUCUGGCCACGGUUACGAUUUUGAGCACCCUUGCCGCUCAAGUGAAUCUGUCGGAUUAUCUAUGGCUCCUAAUCGUAGGGUUCAUCAUAGCGUUUAUCCUGGCCUUUUCAGUGGGUGCUAAUGAUGUCGCCAACUCGUUUGGUACAGCAGUGGGAUCAGGUGUAGUUACACUUAGGCAGGCCUGCAUUCUUGCUACUGUAUUUGAGACACUGGGGUCUGUGCUGAUUGGAGCCAAAGUCAGCGAGACCAUCCGCAAAGGCAUUAUCGACGUGACCAUGUACAACGGCUCAGAGCAUGUGUUGAUGGCUGGAUCAGUCAGCGCUAUGUUUGGCUCUGCUGCUUGGCAGUUGCUUGCCUCUUUUCUGAAGCUUCCUAUUUCUGGGACCCAUUGCAUUGUGGGAGCUACCAUUGGCUUUUCAUUGGUCGCCAAAGGUCAGCAGGGCGUCAAAUGGCUGGAGCUUCUUAGAAUUGUUGCUUCUUGGUUCCUCUCACCUGUCCUCUCUGGCAUAAUGUCUGCAGUUCUUUUCUACUUUGUUCGCAUUUUCAUCUUGCAAAAGAAAGAUCCAGUGCCCAAUGGUCUGAGGGCCCUGCCAUUCUUCUAUGCUGUUACAAUGGGAAUCAACCUGUUCUCCAUCAUGUUUACUGGAGCACCGAUGCUGGGCUUUGAUAAGCUGCCCUGGUGGGGAGUGCUGCUCAUUUCCAUUGGCUUGGCAGUGGUCACUGCUAUCAUCGUUUGGUUUGCUGUCUGCCCUCGGCUCAAGAAGAAGAUCGAAUGUGAAGUAAAGUCUUGCAGUCCCUCUAAGAGUCCUCUGAUGGAGAAGAGGGAGCUGCAUGAAGCUCACAGUCCCAUCCUGAAACCUGUCCCUGAGGAGUACAGUGCCCUGCCGUCGAACAUCCCCUCGGCACCACCUCUUUCUGAGGACCGCAAGGUCACUUUUGACAUUGGCGAUACAGAUGACGCAGAUCAAAAGGACUGCAAAGAGUCAGAGACGGGCAGUGCAGCUGCGAAGACGGCCAAUGUUCAUUUCACCACUGGCCCCACACACGUUCCUAGCAAUGGUUACUCUCAGUACCACACAGUUCACAAGGACUCUGGCCUCUACAAGGAUCUGCUGCAUAAACUCCAUUUGGCAAAAGUGGGAGACUGCAUGGGGGAGGGUGGCGACCGGCCCAUCCGUCGCAACAACAGCUACACCUCCUACACUAUGGCCAUCAUCGGCAUGCACGGAGACUUCAAGCCCAAAGAAGCUGACUUGCAUGCUUCCGAAGAUGGAGACAAGGAAAAAGCCAACACCCAAGAGAGAAAGCGCAUCCGCAUGGACAGCUACACGAGUUACUGCAACGCAGUGGCAGAGAAUGGUGCACCUGAAGGUCUGGGUGAUGGUGAGGUUGCUUUGGAGAUUGCCGAUGAUGAUGCUGGGAGCAGCCGUGGUUCUUUGGAGGAGGAUAGGAGUGAUGCUGACAGACCUGAAGUGUCGAUGCUCUUCCAGUUCCUUCAGAUUCUCACUGCCUGCUUUGGCUCCUUUGCUCAUGGAGGAAAUGAUGUCAGUAACGCAAUUGGUCCCCUGGUUGCCCUGUGGCUGGUCUAUGAGAGUGGGUCGGUUAUAUCUAGUGCACCAACUCCAAUCUGGUUGCUGCUGUAUGGAGGAGUUGGCAUCUGUGUCGGUUUGUGGGUCUGGGGCCGUAGAGUCAUCCAAACCAUGGGCAAGGACCUGACCCCCAUCACCCCAUCUAGUGGUUUCAGUAUUGAACUCGCCUCAGCCGUCACUGUUGUGGUUGCUUCCAACAUUGGUCUUCCAGUUUCCACCACUCACUGCAAGGUCGGGUCAGUGGUGGCUGUCGGUUGGCUGCGCUCCAAGAAGGCAGUGGACUGGCGACUGUUCAGAAACAUCUUCAUGGCCUGGUUUGUCACUGUGCCAAUUUCUGGCCUUAUCAGCGCGGCCAUCAUGGCCCUGUUCACCAAAGUCAUUCUGAGGCCUUGAAAGUCUGCUCUACUUCCCUCUUUGCUUAACAGAAGCCCCAGAGAGAGACAGAGGGUACAUUUCAACCUUCUCUAUCUCUUUGCUUUCUACCCUUCAUCAUCCUUGUGAUGAGUGAGGGAUGAAAAAGGCCCCUUUCGAUAGAGCCUGUGAUUCUUGGCUGCAACAUUUUUAGUCUCUAUUGAUGUGUGUGCAUUGCACCAGGACACAUACCACAGGUCAGAGAAGAAAAUGUCUUCAAAACUAGAAUGGUUGCCAUUUAAAUUUCCUCUUGUAAAUAUACGUCAAAUUACUUUUUUUUUAAUGUAAUUAUGUAAUUGUUUUUUUUUAAGGUGUAUUAACAAUUGCAAUGCAGUAUUAGCAUUCAUUUUACAGAUUUCUCAUUACUUUCGUAAUUUGAGUUCCUUAGAGAAGCAGUGUUUUGGUGCAAAGAAUUUGGGGAAGAGGAAUUUUUCCUUCUGAUGCAUUUUGUAUGAUUUAAUUUCCCCCUUUUUUUUCAAGCAGACCUGACUAACUCAAAGCUGACCACAAAUAGAGCCUUCUGACAACCACAUUUUUAGCAAAGUCUUGUGAGGGUUGAUUAGCGAAGUAAAUUGGUUGCUCACAUCAUGUUCCUUAAUACAAUUUUAGUGUCCUUUUCCAGAUGUCUUUAUUUUUUAUUCUUUUGUAGGUUACACUACAAAACAAGCCUCUUGGUCAACUAAAAAGACGUUAUUCUUUUAGUCCUAUUUUCUUCAGUAGUUUACAGAAUAUAAAAUUCUUCUUUUGGUGUUUGAAACCACUGUAACUGAGCUGGUUAAUAUUUGCUCUGCUUUGCCCAAUAACAACUAUAACGGACCAGUCUGUGCUUAGAGAUGCAGUUAAACCUCUCCGCAGCUACCGCAAAGAUUCAUGCUUCCUUAAAGCACAGAAAUGCUCUGCUGUAAUUAGCAUGCUCCUGGCUACUCCCUCAAAUGCAGCACGUCCCCAAAUGUUUGCUGUAGACAAUUGAACUCCAUUUGGUGGAUUAUGGCCCAUUGGACUCUGUCACCAGAGGUUGUUGUAUUUGCAUAAGGAUGAAGUGUUACUUGGAUACGCAAACUGUUCACCAGUGCAAUGCUAGACUGAGUUACA